GCUGCUGCCCAAACAGUACCUUAACCCAGCUCUGGGCGUGUUUCCUCUUAAAUAAACACGGAAGGUUCCCCAACACCCUUCCUCCAAGUCCCACCUGCUUGCUGGCAUGGUGUUCAGCUUCCAGCGCUGCAGUAGCACCUGAGAAAUGCGUUUUCUUCCCCGCCUCAUCGUCUUGGCUGCCCUGGUCAUCACCACCUUCCUGAGCUGGAGGCUGCUUCUCCGGAGCCCGGCUACAAGCCAAGGAGGUGACCUGGCCCCCAAGGCAGAGGAGGGCUUCACUUUGACACUGGACACCUUCCUUCACGUUCAGCAGCUCAGGAAGAAGAGACUGAGAGCUUUCUGCAGCCAAUCAGGCAAAGUCACCACACUGCCGAGGAGCCGGGAGGAGAGAGCCCGCCUGCUCUCAAAUUUGAGGGUAAGCACCAAGCUGGACCUCCUCUACUGCCAAGUGCCAUCAACAGGGACGGAGGAAUGGCAGCAGCUUUUGGAGAGGCUAGAGAAGGAAAACGUGACGCCUGCGGUGCCGCUUUCCUACCCUUGGCAGCACAGUCAGGAAACACAGCUGAGGGAAUUCAACCUGACGGAGACAGAGGCCAUGUUAGGGUCUUACACCAAAGUGCUGUUUGUCAGGGACCCUUUCCACAGGCUCAUCUUCACAUUCAUGCAAGACAUGGGCAGCAGCUCCUCCUUCAGCAGCUUUGUUCAGGAUGUUUUAGACAGCGGACAGCACAACUCCAACGUGGCUUGGACACCACUUGUCAGCCUCUGCCAGCCCUGUCUCAUCCAGUAUGACUAUGUGGUGGUGUUUGGCUUCCUCAGCCAGGAGCUGGGUCACCUGCUGCAGCGGGCCGGGCUGCCCGCAGACAGCUUCCUCCCUGAGUUCACUGACACCCAAGUGCAGUGGACAUACAGCUGGUUAUCAGAGCAGAUGUUCAGCGAGCUGUCCCUCCAACAGAAGAAGCAGUUGUCUCAUUUCUACCGCUGGGACCUUGCUGCUUUCUCAUUUUCUAGCAGUUUUCUGUCAGGCCUCUUCAGCACCCCUGAGACCUGGUAGAAACACCCUGGCUGGAGGGACUGUUUCUGAGAGCAUUAAUCCAAAUGCAAACGCUUCUAGAUACUGGCUGGACCCUUGCUCCACAGCUGCAUUCAGCACGCUUGUCCAUGUCACAGCUCCAAAAGACACAUCAGAGAGCUAAGACAGGCCACUGCCAGAGGCAGGGUAUCAAGGCUCUUCACAUGGCUGAAUUACAUUUAAAUAUGGCGAAAACAGGCACUAGGGAAAUGCACGGUGUUGGGGCUUGGAAAACUGCAUGAAGUGCACUGUGAUGGGGUAAAAGGCUUUCAGCAAACCUAGCAUUUUGGGGUAGGGUGAGUUGGACCUCCUGCAAACCACAGCAGCAUCUGCACAUGCUCUGCCUGCACUGCCAUUUCAUAUUCUGGGUUCCCUUUUCAGCUAAGAGGUUUGGCAAUGGCUUCUUCAUGACAAAUCUCCCCACGCAGAUAAAAGCAGUGCUCCCAAAGGAGCACAUCACCUGUAGUCUGUCCACUCUGCAGAAGGAGGUGGCGGCACACCUUCCUGGGGAACCACUGGUGAUGUUUUAUAUCCUUUCAUACUCGGGGAAGGCCAGGCCUGGCUCAUCAUUUGGUCUUAUCUGUUCUGUGUGAACUGUUCCUGUUUUACAACCCCCCAUCUCCUGUGUGUUUAGGCUCAAGAGGGCCCCGGUGAUGCGACAAGAUGCUUGCUCCAUUCACAAAUUUUGAAUUACAGGCCUGACUCAAAUAGGCCAAACCUAGCUUUCAGCUCUACUCACGAGCAAUGAGACAAGAAUACGGCAGUCUGGACCAGGUACCAGCCACGCCAUGCAGCCAGCCAGCCUUCCACCUUUUCUCAGCAGCUGGUGGGCCUGGCGGAGGCAGCUAGAAGCAUCAGGAGGCAUCACCAUGCUGCUGUGGAGAACACAAUGCAGCUACUCUAAGGUCUUCCUGGCAGAGAAGUGCAAGGGCUGACUCUGCUCUCUUUUGGACUUGGCUUCCAGCGUGAUUGCGUGGAGACCCAGGCUCUCCAGUUGGCUCACCUGCUGCAUCCGACUGGGUAGGCUGGACCAACCAUCCACCCUCUCCCAUCCUUGGCCACUGAGCUGAUCUGCCUCACAGCCUCAGGGAAGGGUUUAUCCUUGCCAAACACCAAGGAUGAGCUGAAGUUGUCCAGCUUUCAAAUUGUGACAGCCUUUUACUAUAGCAUACUAGUUUCCAGAAUAUUUUUGCUUUAUUUUGCAAUGUUGUGACAUUCACAGAGAAUUCCGCGUACAUUCAUGUGACAAAGACACCAAUUUGACAAUGCUUAUUAAAGAACAAUAGUGAAAGAU